AUGGAUGAUGAAAUUUUAAAAACUUUAACUGAUAGGGAAUUAAAAAAAAUAAUUUUAAACGAAGCUAAAAAUAUUUUAUCUCAAAGAAAACUCACCGAAAGUGAAAAAGAUGGAAUACUUCAAAAGAAUAAAAGCUUCGAAAGUUUUUUUAACAUAGAAAAUACUGAAAAAUCUGAAGGGAAAUCAGAAUAUAAUGAAAGAAAACCAACAACACAUGAAAAAAAUGAAUAUUUAGAAAAUAAAAAUAAGAAUUUUUUCAAUCUACAAGAUUUUUCACUUAAAUAUUCCGAAACAUGUAAAAUAAACAACCUUAACUAUGAGAAUAUUGAAUAUGAAUUGAUAAUAUCUUUUAUAAAUACAUUUAAUAAUGAACUAAAAUAUCAAUUAAAAUUAAAUAAUAUUAAUAAACAAGAGGAUAAAGAAAAUAAUAUCAUUCAUAAAAUGGUCAAAAUUUUCAUGGACAAACUUAUUUUUUAUUGUACACAUCCCAUAAUUUUUUUAUCACAAAAUAAUAAUAAUAACAGUUUAUUUGAAAAAGAAAUAAUUAGCCAUAUUGAAAAUUUUUUUAAACAAUUAGAAGAAACUAAUGAUAAAGAUAUUUUAUUUAAAAAUUGCUUGAAUGAAAUAUUAAAAAAUAUUUUUAAUUUCAAACCUAAUCUUAAUUGGAUAUCCAGACAAGCUUUUGUUGAUCUUAUUAAAAUCAUAAUUGAAGAAAAUAUAAAAAGGAAUGAAUUAUGUGUUAUAUGUACUACUGAUUUAAUAAAAAAAAAUUUUAAAAAUUUAGAUUUUUUUCAAGUUGACAACGUUGUUGUCCUAAUAGAAAUAGUUCAAUAUGCAAUAAUUUUUUUAGUAGAAAAAAAAUAUAGUAUGAAGAAUUUUUCAUUAAAAAAUGAAAAAUGGUUUGAACAUUUUGGAGAUCUACUACAAUUAUUAAAAAAUAGCGAAUGGAAAAUAUUUUUAAAUCAAUUAAUUGCAAUUGAAACCUUUCUUUAUGAUAAAAAAAGGGAAAAUAUUAAAAAAUCAUUUAAUGAAUUAUAUAAGCAUAAAAUAGAAUUUGCAUCUACUAAAAAUAGCUCCUACUCAAGAUGGUUUAAAAUAGAGAUGCCAUUAUCAAUAAAUUUAUUCAAAUAA